AUGAAGCAGGACCCAAUGCCAGUUUUGGAGAAGCCACCAAAUUUAAGGUUUCUCAAGCUUGGUUACAAUGUGUAUGGUGGUUCUACAAUGGUUUUCUCUGCCAAUGGAUUUUCAAAGCCAGAGACUCUUCAACUCUAUGAGUUAAAGUUUUUAAAAGCCUGGAUGGUAGAGAAAGAUGCAAUGCCAAUCCAAAGAAUCACUGAACUUCUCAUCCACGAAGCCGCUUCGUUGAAAAGUGUGAAAGAGGAUGUGAUCCUCUUGCAAAGUGAAUUGAGAUCCCUUCAGGGCUUCUUAAAAGAUGCAGACUCCAAGCAAGAACAUGACCAACGUCUCCGAGAGUUGGUACACCAAGUCCAUGAUGUAGCUUCUGAUGCUGAGGAUGUUAUUGACACCUACAUCCUCAAAGUUACCUCCUCGCGCAUCAAAAAGUUUCAUGCUAAAAGAAUUCGACCACAAAUCAACUCCGUUCGGGCUAGAAUACAAAGCAUAAUUAAUACAAGCAUGCAAAUUUAUGGAUUCAAAUUUGUUGUUGGAGAGGGGACGAGUUCCAUGGUGGAGCUGCAGAGGCAUUUGAGGAGAUCAUCUCCAAAUGAUGAUGGGGAUAAUGAUGUUGUGAGCUUGGAGAGUAGCACCAAGGCAUUAACUGCAGAGUUGACUAAGAAGGAAGGCCGGCUCUGCAUUGUCUCUGUAGUGGGCAUGGGCGGUUUAGGUAAGACCACUCUGGCCAAGAAAGUAUUUAGUAGUCUUAAACAAAAGUUUGAUUGCUCUGCUUGGGUUUUUAUUUCUCAACAGUAUGUAUCAAAGGAUGUUUUGAUUGACAUCUUCACCCAAGUUCAUUCUCCAAAUGAAAACAUGAAAUUCAAAACAACUAAAUCUGGAAUAGAUAUUUUAGAACAAAAGAAAAAUGAAAGGGAGAUGUUGAAUAGUUUCAAAGAGCACGAGCUUGUUCAUUUGCUUAAAGAUAAGCUGAAAGAGAAGCGAUUUCUUGUGGUUCUUGAUGAUAUUUGGACGAUUGUUGCUUGGAAUUUUUUAAAGCGGGCUUUUCCGAAAGGGAAGAAUGGGAGCAAGGUUCUGUUCACCACACGCAACAAGGAAGUAGCAACAUUCGCUGAUCCAUGGAGCACCCCAAUUGAACCACCUUUAUUGACAUUGGAAGAGAGUUGGGAGCUUCUACAGCGAAAAGCAUUUCCAAGAAAUAUUGUUGGUGACCGUUGUUAUCCACCAGAGUAUGAGAAGUUAGGAAAGAAGAUGGUUAAAAAAUGUGGGGGGCUGCCUCUUGCUGUUGUUGUACUUGGAGGCUUGUUGAGUACGAAAAGUUCAUUGGAUGAAUGGAAAAAAGUGCUGAGAGAUGUGAAUUCACACCUCAACAAAGUAGAAUCACGACAAGAAUACGAAGGAGUCAAUGAGAUACUGGCCUUGAGCUACCAUGAACUGCCUUACAACUUGAAGCCCUGUUUUCUAUAUUUGGGCAACUUCCCAGAGGAUUUUGAAAUGUCCAAAAGUAAAUUGGUCCGUCUAUGGAUUGGAGAAGGUUUUAUACCAACGACACCACCGACAAGAUCAAGAGAUACAGAACAGAGAUUAAUUGAAGAGAUAGCUGAAGGAUUCUUCAAAGAGCUAAUUGAUAGGUGCAUGGUUCAAGUUGACAAAAGGGACCAUACGGGAAUAGGUGUCAAAACAUGUCGCAUGCAUGAUCUUAUGCGAGACCUCUGUAAAUCCAAGGCCAGAGAGGAAAACUUUGCUCAGAUUAUCGAUGAGAGCAACAUGUCAAUUGAUGGUUCUGCUACUUCAUUUGAGACCAUUGGUAGUAGUCAUUCUCGAAGACUUGUUAUCCAUUCUGGUGUUGAUCUUGAUUGCAGUACACACUGGGCAUCCAGCAGCUUUUUUAGAAAGCUUCUUUCCAAUAAUAAUCCAUCUUCUUCGAUUUCUAAUUGGGUGGAACAGGUACAUCCCAACCUUCGUUCUCUUUUGUGUUUUGUUGGAGUUGUUCCUUUAUCAGUUUUAAAAUUAAGCAAUUUCAGAAUGUUGAGAGUGUUGGAACUUCAUCUUGCUGGUUAUGGAACUGUAGCUCUUGGAGGUAUGGGUAAUUUAAUUCACUUGAGAUAUUUGUGUCUCAAGAUUAAUAGAAACAUCAGUCUGUCAUCCUCCAUAGGUAAUCUCCGCAAUUUGCACACUCUACAUAUUAAGAGUUCCGAGAGUGUCAGAGGAUCAAUAGGCAUGAUAUCAAGCUUAAUACGUUUGAGGCAUCUGUUACUACCAUAUUAUUUGCAAAAGAAAAAUCAGAAUCAUUGUCGAAUAGAUAAAUUAAAAGACAUUGAGACUCUAAAGAAUAUACCAGGUUCUGUGUUGAUUAGAUAUGAUGCACUAAACAAAUUAACUAAUCUUCGAAAGAUAUCGAUAAAGUUUCAUGGUAAUCAUGUUCAAGAUGAAGUGAGAAGGGUGUUGGGGUCCCAAAUCGUUAAAUCAGGCCGCCUAAGAUCCUUGCAAAUGUUAAUGUUCGGGAAAGAAGAUGAAUUUCCAAGUUUGGAAUCACUUUCCUCAUGUCUUAGCCUCUCUAAAUUAGGUUUGGGUGGGAAGAUCAUAUUACAACGAGGAUUAAUACAUCUUCCAGCUAGCCUUACCAAACUGAACCUAUGGAAUUCUCACAUGGAGAGGGAUUCAAUGCCAGAGUUGGAGAAGCUACCAAAUUUAAGAUUUCUCUUGCUUUCUCAUGAUGCUUAUUCUGGUUCUAAAAUGGUUUGCUCUGCCCAUGGAUUUCCAAAGUUAGACACUCUUCAACUCUCUGAAUUAAAGAUUUUAAGAAAGUGGAUAGUAGAGAAGGGAGCGAUGCCAAGUCUCAAGAAACUAACCAUUUAUUAUAUACCCAAAUUAAAGAUGAUUCCGGAAGGAAUUGAAUUUUUGACUUCCCUCAAAGAAUUGAAUGUUCAAUUGAUGGGAAAGUCAUUCUGCGAUAAGCUUCAAGUGAAAAAUGGAAUUGAAGGGGAGGAUUACCACAAAAUCCGACACAUACCCUCUGUCUCUGUAAAAGAUAUAAUGGGUGGAGAGGAUUAA